CUCCAAACAGGUGCGCAUAGGAGCGUGACGCAUCAACACGCAGCCUGACUCAUGCGCACUCGCUUUUCCUAUCGGGGCAAGCAGAUGCAUUUCUUUGGAGGUGGGUGGCUUUUAGAAAAGCCAGUUGUAGGACGAAUUGUCCAGGUGUAUGAAUGUGCAAGCACAGUUCAAGUGGAGUGUCAACCAUUUAAGCCGACGCCUUGACCUUCUUGCCAUCAGUGCCGAUGGUCGCCGACUUCUUGGGCAACAAGAUGUUGUGGAUAUUGGGCAGCACACCGCCAGACGCGAUCGUCACAUCGCCCAACAACUUGUUCAAUUCUUCGUCAUUGCGGACGGCCAAUUGAAUGUGGCGGGGGAUGAUGCGGGACUUCUUGUUGUCGCGAGCGGCGUUACCGGCCAGUUCCAAGAUUUCGGCACAAAGGUAUUCCAACACGGCGGCAAGGUAGACGGGGGCACCACCACCGAUGCGUUGGGCGAAGCGGCCCUUCUUCAAGAAACGGGCGACACGACCGACGGGGAAUUGAAGACCGGCCUUCGACGAACGGGACGAGGCCUUACCCUUCUUGCCGCGACCACCAGUAGCUUUUCCUUUGCCAGACAUGUUGCUUGAGCG